AUGUUUUCCCUCAAAGCCAUUAACACCUCAUUUGCUCCUACAAAUCAUGGCUUUUUCCACGCUAGAAAGCCAUCCAACACAAAGAACUCCAUCCUGUGUCUUUGCAAGUCUAAUGAUUCUGACUCUGAGGCUUCCCCACCUGAAGGGGAUACUCAAAAACAAGAACUGCUUGCCAGGAUAGCGAUGCUUCAAACUCAAAAGGUCCGUCUCACUGAUUACUUGGACGAGAGAUCAGCUUAUCUAACUCAAUUUGCUGAAGAAGCCAAUGCUGAGUUUGACAAAAUUGGAGAGGAUGCUCUCAAAGGACUCGAUGAAGCAGGUGCCAGGAUAAUGGAGAACAUAGAGAGCCAGAUGCAAGCUUUUGAGGAAUCUGCAGAAUUGAACAGAACAGAAAUUGAGAAGAAUGAUAGUAAGGUAGCAGAUUUUGAAGGUCAAAUGGAGAAGGAACGGAAUGAGGGGAUGUUCUUCAAGAACCUGGGCCAAAAUGCACCAGUUGAUAAGGCCAAAGCUAAGGAGAAAGCACAAAAGAUUAAAGAUCUGACUAUCGAAAAAGCAGGAUCAAAAACCAGGAAGAACAUUUACCUUGCUUUAAUGGGUGUACUCGCCAUUGUGAUUGCUGAUUCCUUCGUCUCUUCUUCACCUGAUUGGCGAAAAGUUGCAGUUCUCGGAGCAAUUUUAGUGGGUUUGAUCACUCAGUUCAGCUACGAGCAGAGAUUAUCAUCAGACAUAAAAAGAGCAGAAAAGGAAGACAGAUAA